UCAGCUACAACGCUGGGAUCAGCGCGUGCGAGAAGGGCCGGCAAUGGCUGCGGGCUUUGACGCUGAUCGGCGAGAUACGUAAGGCGAAGCUGGAGCCCCACGUCAUCAUCGGCUACAGCGCUGCGAUCAGCGCGUGCGAAAAGGGCAAUCAGUGGCAGCAGGCUCUGGCGCUGCUCAGCGAGAUGUGCGUGGCAAAGGUGAAGCCCAACGCCUUCAGCUACAGCUCCGGUAUCAGCGCGUGCGAGAAGGGCGAGCAGUGGCAGCCAGCUCUGGCGCUGCUGAGCGAGCUGCGGGAGGCGAAGCUGGAAUCCCAGGUCAUCAGUCAUCUACAACGCUGCGAUCAGCGCGUGCGAGAAGGGCGAACAGUGGCAGCGGGCUCUGGUGCUGCUCGGCGAGAUGUGGGAGGCGAAACUGCCGCCCGACGUCAUCUCUACAGCGCUGGGAUCAGUGCAUGCGAGAAGCGCGAGCAGUGGCAGCGGGCUCUGGCUCUGCUCAGCGAGAUGUGGGAGGUGAAGGUGGUGCCCAAUUCAGCUACAGCGCUGGGAUCAGCGCGUGCGAGAAGGGCGAGCAAUGGGAGCGGGCUCUGGCGCUGCUCGGCGAAAUGA